AUUCUUUAUUCGACGGGUCGCAUGCUUCCCGUCUUCAUUUUGACCAGGCAACGCGCAGCGCUCAUCCGCCCUCGUCAGUGGCCGUGCGGUAUAGCAGCGAGAGCGCUACAUGCGAAGCAGCGACAUUUAUCUGCGCGAAGAAGUGGAUAUUUACACACUGCUUACAUAACUGGGACUAUUUCUACUUCUGUUAUUUUUUUCUUUUUCUAGCCACUCAAAGCUUGUUUUUAAGUGCACGUUUGUUCACAUUUUGCAUUACUAACUGAUUUAAACUCAAAAUGGAGAAUCAAGAAAGCAAGUAUCUCCCCGAGCUUCUCGCAGAGAAGGACAGUAUGGAUGUUUCGUUUACGCACGCGAUGAAACUUUUAUCUGCAGGUAAAAACACAUUUGAUUUGCAAAAUGUCCUGCCUCUACCAAAAGGAUUGAUAUUUUAUCCAUUGCGAUAAGAUUUUUUAAAUCGUGCGUUUUGAAAAAGACGCACUGUGGCUAGACGGGACGGGUAUAGUGGGUCUGCAAACAGUAAACCCUUUCAUAGCCUGUGCUACGACCCGUCACCCCACUGCACUUACUUAGUGACACUGUCUAGACACGGUUUAACAACCGGUUGAAUGAAACCGUGAAAAAUAGCUUUUCAUUAUCGAGUUUGUGGAUUUCCCGAUCGCAUUCUCAAAGCUGCAACCCCUCUAUUUCCAUAAUGGGUUUUCUGUGUCUGCAAACCGGAGAGAGAGAGAAUGAUGGGAUGUUCUGGCGUCUUUGUGUGGCAGAUAUCUCCCUCGUGUGUGUGGUCGUUACCCACAGCAAACCACCAAAAUUACCAAUGCACAAAAUACCAUGUUUUCUGUCCCCUGGCAGGUUAUCCAGACACCCUUUGUAUUUCCGAUGUGGGUGAUUGCACAGAGAGAAGGCUAUUCAGAGUUGCAUGUAGGUCGCUUUAAAACGUUUACAAUCACAUGUCAUCUAUUACCAAUUGUGGUGGUUUAUUUUGAGAAGCCUACAAUUGAAGCAAAAGUUGUGGGUGUGGAGAGACUACCACGUUUUGUUUUGACCUAUUGUUUGACUAGGAACACCCGCAGAAGGGCAGAUUAUUGAAGUUUACCCAUUCGAAACAAAAAGUGCUUUUUAAAAUAUAUUUUUGGGGUGCAUUUUACAUUUGCCAAAUAUAUAUUUUUUAUGCAUUUUCAAAUGUAUGUUAAUACGUGACACGUUUGUAAAUGUAUUUGGAAUACAAUAUAUUAUUUGGACCAUUUUAAAACAGCAGGGGUUCGAGGUGAACUUAAUACAGUGUAACAGCGUCGACGCAGUGUAAUAGUGUGUUUGACAUUACCAGUGUAAGAAGGAAGCGUUUGUCUGCCUAAACAUGGUUACUGUAGUUAUUCGGUCAGUGAGAGAUGCUACUAUCUGUGUGGGUUUUUUUGAGCUGCUUUCCCGGACACAUUUUAUGCCUAGUCCUGGACUCAGUGGGGAUUCUCCAUGGAAAUAACGGUUUAAUCGCUUAAUCUGUGUCCGUGAAACAGGCCCUUUCAGUUCAGUCAGAUGUGUAAAAUAUUACAGCUAAGAUCUACAGUGGCUUGCGAAAGUAUUCACCCCCCUUGGCAUUUUUCCUAUUUUGUUGCCUUACAACCUGGAAUUAGAAUUGUUUUUGGUGGGGUUUGUAUCAUUUGAUUUACACAACAUGCCUACCACUUUGAAGAUGUAAAAUAUGUUUUAUUGUGAAACAAACAAGAAAUAAGACAAAAAAACAGAACUUGAGCGUGCAUAACUAUUCACCCCCCCCCAAAGUCAAUAUUUUUUAGAGCCACCUUUUGCAGCAAUUACAGCUGCAAGUUUCUUGGGGUAUGUCUCUAUACGCUUGGCACAUCUAGCCACUGGGAUUUUUGCCCAUUCUUCAAGGCAAAACUUCUCCAGCUCCUUCAAGUUGGAUGGGUUCCGCUGGUGUACAGCAAGUCAUACCACAGAUUCUCAAUUGGAUUGAGGUCUGGGCUUUGACUACGCUAUUCCAAGACAUGUAAAUGUUACCCCUUAAACAACUCGAGUGUUGUUUUAGCAGUAUGCUUAGGGUCAUUGUCCUGCUGGAGGUUGAACCUCCGUCCCAGUCUCAAGAAUUUCCCUGUAUUUAGCACCAUCCAUCAUUCCAGUUUCCCAGUCCCUGCCGAUGGAAAAACAUCCCCACAGCAUGAUGCUGCCACCACCAUGCUUCACUGUGGGGAUGUUGUUCUCGGGGUGAUGAGAGGUGUUGUGUUUGCGCCAGACAUAGCGUUUUCCUUGAUGGCCAAAAAGCUAAAUUCUAGUCUCAUCUGACCAGAGUACCUUCUUCCAUAUGUUUGGGGAGUCUCCCACAUGCCUUUUGGCGGACACCAAACGUGUUUGCUUAUUUUUUUCUUUAAGCAAUGGCUUUUCUCUGGCCAUUCUUCCGUAAAGGCCAGCUCUGUGGGGUGUACGGCUUAAAGUGGUCCUAUGGACAGAUACUCCAAUCUCCGCUGUGGAGCUUUGCAGCUCCUUCAGGGUUAUCUUUGGUCUCUUUGUUGCCUCUCUGAUUAAUGCCCUCCUUCCCUGGUCCGUGAGUUUUGGUGGGCGGCCCUCUCUUGGCAGGUUUGUUGUGGUGCCAUAUUCUUUCCACCUUUUAAUAAUGGAUUUAAUGGUGCUCAGUGGGAUGUUUCUGAUAUUUUUUUAUAACCCAACCCUGAUCUGUACUUCUCCACAACUUUGUCCCUGACCUGUUUGGAGAGCUCCUUGGUCUUCAUGGUGCCCCUUGCUUAGUGGUGUUGCAGACUCUGGGGCCUUUCAGAACAGGUGUAAAUAUGCUGAGAUCAUGUGACAGAUCAUGUGACACUUAGAUUCCACACAGGUGGACUUUAUUUAACUAAAUAUGUGACUUCUGAAGGUAAUUGGUUGCACCAGAUCUUAUUUAGGGGCUUCAUAGCAAAGGGGGUGAAUACAUAUGCACGCACCACUUUUCCGUAAUUUUAUUUUUUUAGCAUUUUUUGAAACAAGUUAUUUUUUAAAUUUCACUUCACCAAUUUUGACUAUUUUUUGAAUGUCCAUUACAUGAAAUCCAAAUAAAAAUCCAUUUAAAGUACAGAUUGUAAUGCAACAAAAUAGGAAAAACGCCAAGGGGGGGGGGGGUGAAUACUUUUGCAAGGCACUGUAUGUUGAAAGGCUGAUAUCCAGCGAAGCACAGCAAUGAGUUGUUAAACAUUUCUGAAACGUGUGUUGCCUACUAUUCCAGCUGGAACUUUUUCUUUUUGGUUGGGAAAUGUGUUCUUCCUCUGCCCUUUCCACCCAUGUGCUUUUGCAUUAUAAUACAGACCUUCUGGAAUGGAAAUCUAGUACAGUACCGUAACCUACCGUUUGGUGGAGGUAGCUUAUAGAAAAUGGUGUAACCGGAUGACUUUAUCAAGACCCUCUGGUGGCUGACAGUCAGUCAGUGUCUUUUGAGAUCAUAGAUGAAGGCAUGAUGGUUCAUUGUUGCUAGAAAAGUGUCUUGGUUUAUUGUGUCUCAUGAGAUACUGUAUAUUCUAAAAUGCUUCAGGUGGGUUGCCACUAGGCCUAUCAGUGAGUCACAAUGCAAAAACAUGACUUGGAAAUACAUGAAAUCCUCAUGGUGUGAUGUGAUUUCUGAUUUCUACUGACCUUGACUUAUGAGGGGAUGACAUAAAGGUUGUCUGUCGUUAGCUCAUCCUAGAGACCCAGACUGGCACCCGGCUGGGACUUUGUCUGUCACCUUUUAAAUGUCAUCAAAGCUGGCUGAAGCGGUGGGCUAUAUAUGCCCUACUACACAGGCGUGUUUGACAAGGUGUAAAACAGGUUGCAUAAGUUAGCUACUGUAUUAUCUCACCUUGGCUUUGUCCCUCAUGGAGCCUUUGUCCAGUACUGAUAAUACUGCAGAUUGUAGAUAUGGCUUGAAUGCUAUAGCGCCUGUAAUGGGCAAUAACAACGUGUGUCAGUUGGUUGUGACGGCUUGGGCAAAGGACAGUACAAAAGGGCGUGACAGUACCUCCCCCCAAAGGCGCGGACUCCGACCGCGCCAACAGAACACCACAGGGGAGGGACCGGGUGGGCACUCCGCCUUGGUGGCGGAUCCGGCUCUGGGCAUGAUCCCCACUCCCUCUCUAACCCCCCACAGUACCCCUGGUCCGGUCUGGCCCUGCUGGCCGGAGCUGGACUGAACACUGGUGGAGCGGAUUGCUCUAGCUCCGACGUGGAGCAGCUGAUCGGUACCGGACCAGGCACCAGUGGAACAGGCACGGGCCGUGUCGGACUGACGACGCACACCACUGGCUUGGUGUGGGGAGCAGGAACAGGCCGAGCCGGGCUGACGAAGCGCACCACUGACUUGGUGCGGAGAGCAGGAAUGGACCGGGCCGGGCUGGCGACGCACUCCACUGACUUGGUGCGGGGAGCAGGAACAGACCGGGCCGGACUGGCGACGCGCACCAUCGGCUUGGUGCGGGGAGCAGGAACAGGCCGGACCGGGCUGGCGACGCGCACCAUAGGCUCGGUGCGGGGAGCAGGAACAGGCCGGGCCGGGCUGGCGACGCGCGCCAUAGGCUUGGUGCGGGGAGCAGGAACAGACCGGGCCGGACUGGCGAUGCGCACCAUCGGCUCGGUGCGGGGAGCAGGAACAGGCCGAACCGGGCUGGCGAUGCGCACCAUAGGCUCGGUGCGGGGAGCAGGAACAGGCCGGGCCGGGCUGGCGACGCACACCAUAGGCUUGGUGCGGGGAGCAGGAACAGGCCGGACCGGGCUGGCGACGCGCACCAUAGGCUUGUUGCGGGGAGCAGGAACAGGCCGGGCCGGGCUGGCGACGCGCACCAUAGGCUUGGUGCGGGGAGCAGGAACAGGCCGGGCCGGGCUGGCGACGCGCACCAUAGGCUCGGUGCGGGGAGCAGGAACAGGCCGGGCCGGGCUGACGACACGCACCACAGGCUCGAUGCGAGGAACAGGAACAGGCCGGACCAUACUGGGGACACACACCACUGGCCCUAUGCAGGGAUCAGGAACGGGCCGGACCGGACUGGUAACACACCCCAGUACCUCUCACCGUGCCUCCACACUUUCCCUCUCCUCUGUGUGACCAGUGGCCCCCUUAACCUGACGGCCUCCUCUGCAAACCCGCUGGACCGCUCCAUCGCGGCCUCCUGCUGCCCCGUCGUCCACGGCGUGAGCCCCCCCCCUAAAAAAAUUCUGGGGGUCUCUCCUCCCCGUGGGCCAGGCCUCUAUAGUUCUCGCCCAACUCUCGCUCUUCUGUUUCCAACUCCAGCCUCUCUCCUCCUCACAUGGCUUGACCCAGUCGAGACUCUUCCUCCACUGCUCCCAAGUCCACCCUCUCUGCUCUUCACUAGGCUUGACCCAGUCGAGGUUGCCACGGAGAUCCGCUAGCGAUUCCCCUGGCGAUGGCUCCUGGACACGCUGCUUGGUCCAGUUUUGGUGGGAUCUUCUGUCACGAUCGUCGGGAACAGAGGACCAAUGCGCAGCGUUGAAUGCAAACAUAUUUAUUUAAUCUGAACGAUAACACGAACAAAACAACAAAACGAUAACGUGACGUCCUUAGCUCAAACACAACCUACUAGGAACACGGAACAAGAUCCCACAAACACUGAGGGAAAACAGACUGUUUAAAUAUGGUUCCCAAUCAGAGACAACCAGCAACAGCUGACACUCGUUGCCUCUGAUUGGGAACCACUCUGGCCAACAUAGAAAUACAAGACCUAGAAUGGAAAACAAAGAACACAAAACAUAAACUCUACACAUCCUGGCUCAACUUAAAAGAGUCCCUAGAGCCAGGGCGUGACAAAUACAUGCCUUUGAGUGGUACAGUGCCUUUGUGUCAGUGUGUGUGUGGCUGGUCGAUGAAGUGUACAGUGCCUUGCAAAAGUAUUUAUCCCCCUUGGCGUUUUUCCUAUUUUGUUGCAUUAAAACUUGUAAUUUUAAAUGGAUUUUUAUUUGGAUUUCAUGUAAUGGACAUACACAAAAUAUUCAAAAUUGGUGAAGUGAAAUUUUAAAAAAAUAACUUGUUUCAAAGAAUUCUAAAAAAUAAAUAACGGAAAAGUGGUGCGUGCAUAUGUAUUCACCCCCUUUGCUAUGAAGCCCCUAAAUAAGAUCUGGUGCAACCAAUUACCUUCAGAAGUCACAUAAUUAGUUAGAUUGCACACAGGUGGACUUUAUAUAAUAUAAUAAUAUAUAAUAUAAUAUAAUGCCAUUUAGCAGACGCUUUUAUCCAAAGCGACUUACAGUCGUGCGUGCAUACAUUUUUUUUUGUGUAUGGGUGGUCCCGGGGAUCGAACCCACUACCUUGGCGUUACAAGCGCCGUGCUCUACCAGCUGAGCUACAGAGGACCAUUAUUUAAGUUGUCACAUGAUCUGUCACAUGAUCUCAGUAUAUAUACACCUGUUCUGAAAGGCCCCAGAGUCUGCAACACCACUAAGCAAGUGGCACCACCAAGCAAGCGGCACCAUGAAGACCAAGGAGCUCUCCAAACAGGUCAGGGACAAAGUUGUGGAGAAGUACAGAUCAGGGUUAGGUUAUAAGCAAAUAUCAGAAACUUUGAACAUCCCACGGAGCACCAUUAAAUCCAUUAUUAAAAAAUGGAAAGAAUAUGGCAACACAACAAACCUGCCAAGAGAGGGCCGCCCACCAAAAGGAGGGCAUUAAUCAGAGAGGCAACAAAGAGACCAAAGAUACCCCUGAAGGAGCUGCAAAGCUCCACAGCGGAGAUUGGAGUAUCUAUCCAUAGGACCACUUUAAGCCGUACACUCCUCAGAGAUGGGCUUUACGGAAGAGUGACCAGAAAAAAGCCAUUGCUUAAAGAAAAAAAUAAGCAAACACGUUUGGUGUUAGCCAAAAGCCAUGUGAGAGAAGGUACUCUGGUCAGAUGAGACUAAAAUUGAGCUUUUUGGCCAUCAAGGAAAACGCUAUGUCUGGCGCAAACCCAACACCUCUCAUCACCCCGAGAACACCAUCCUGCUGUGGGGAUGUUUUUUCAUCGGCAGGGACUGGGAAACUGGUCAGAAUUGAAGGAAUGAUGGAUGGCGCUAAAUACAGGGAAAUUCUUGAGGGAAACCUGUUUCAGUGUUCCAGAGAUUUGAGACUGGGACGGAGGUUCACCUUCCAGCAGGACAAUGACCCUAAGCAUACUGCUAAAGCAACACUCGAGUGGUUUAAGGGGAAACAUUUAAAUAUCUUGGAAAGUCAAAGCUCAGACCUCAAUCCAAUGGAGAAUCUGUGGUAUGACUUAAAGAUUGCUGUACACCAGCAGAACCCAUCCAACUUGAAGGAGCUGGAGCAGUUUUGCCUUGAAGAAUGGGCAAAAAUCCCAGUGGCUAGAUGUGCCAAGCUUAUAGAGACAUACCCUAAGAGACUUGCAGCUGUAAUUGCUGCAAAAGGUGGCUCUACAAAGUAUUGACUUUGGGGGGGUAAAUAGUUAUGCACGCUCAGGUUUUCAGUUUUUUUUGUCUUAUUUCUUGUUUUUUUCACAAGAUAAAAUAUUUUGCAUCUUCAAAUUGGUAGGCAUGUUGUGUAAAUCAAAUGAUACAAACCCCCCAAAAAUCCAUUUUAAUUCCAGGUUGUAAGGAAACAAAAUAGGAAAAAUGACAAGGGGGGUGAAUACUUUCCAAGCCACUGUAGAUUAGUACAGCAGACACCACUGCUAGGCUGCUAGGGAACUUCUGGUUCCCAGCCUCUAGCAAACCUCUGGUUCCCAGCCUCUAGCAUCCCUCUGGUUCCCAGCUGCUAGCAAACCUCUGGUUCCCAGCCUCUAGCAAACCUCUGGUUCCCAGCCGCUAGCAUCCCUCUGGUUCCCAGCUGCUAGCAAACCUCUGGUUCCCAGCCUCUAGCAAACCUCUGGUUCCCAGCCGCUAGCAUCCCUCUGGUUCCCAGCUGCUAGCAAACCUCUGGUUCCCAGCUGCUAGCAUCCCUCUGGUUCCCAGCCGCUAGCAAACCUCUGGUUCCCAGCUGCUAGCAACCAAAAAAAAAGACAUGUUUGCACGUGGCAUGCUGAGACGGUGUCAUGGCAGAGAGGUGAGGCGGUGGUCUGGAAUGAACAGUGUUGUAACAUACUAUAGACUUAAGGCUCUUUCAUGUGUAUGACUUCUAACCAGUCAAUGGUCUGGCAAUUCAUGUUUUGAAAGUAAUUACAUUACAUGGUAACUACAUUGAUAUGACAUACUAAAAUGUAGUGUUUGAAUCAAUUAAAUUCUCCCUUUGUAGAAAUCGAGAGAAUCCAGAAAGGUGAGCCCAAAAAGGAGGGAGGAGACACGUACCUGGACCUCUUCACUGUCAAGAAUAUCAAACUGAAGGAACGUGUGCUCAUACCUGUCAAACAGUAUCCAAGGGUAAGCCUUCUCCCUCCUCAAACAUCUCCUCUUUUGUCCUCUCUUUCAUUCAGCAGCUUGAAUUACCUGGGCGUCUGGGAGUAUGCUGGCUCUCAACCAUGCUUUAGGGACUCGGAGGGAGGUAACACAUUUCACAGUAAUAUGCUUCCCCCGAGGGACAACGAUCAGCUUUUAAUAGAUUUCCUGGUCCGUCAUUAUUGUAAGUGGCACUAAAACUCUGUAUUUACAUGGUGAUUACAUGGUUGGCAUUACUUUGCACAGUGUAACCACAGUGUGUGUGUGUGUGUGUGUGUGUGUGUGUGUGUGUGUGUGUGUGUGUGUGUGUGUGUGUGUGUGUGUGUGUACAACCAUUCUACCAGUCUACGGCUUGUACAAUUGUUCCGUUGCCUAGUUCCUUACACUAGUGAAGGUCUUCCACAUUUGUAUUGGAAAAGGAGAUGUGACCCACACUGAAACACUGUGCUUUAAGCAACAAGUACAGAACACACAGCACCUCCUCAACACUCUAGAAGCAACAAGUACAGAACACACAGCACCUUCUCAACACUCUAGAAGCAACAAGUACAGAACACACAGCACCUUCUCAACACUCUAGAAGCAACAAGUACAGAACACACAGCACCUCCUCAACACUCUAGAAGCAACAAGUACAGAACACACAGCACCUUCUCAACACUCUAGAAGCAACAAGUACAGAACACACAGCACCUCCUCAACACUCUGGAAGCAACAAGUACAGAACACGCAGCACCUUCUCAACACUCUAGAAGCAACAAGUACAGAACACACAGCACCUUCUCAACACUCUAGAAGCAACAAGUACAGAACACACAGCACCUUCUCAACACUCUAGAAGCAACAAGUACAGAACACACAGCACCUUCUCAACACUCUAGAAGCAACAAGUACAGAACACACAGCACCUCCUCAACACUCUAGAAGCAACAAGUACAGAACACACAGCACCUUCUCAACACUCUAGAAGCAACAAGUACAGAACACACAGCACCUUCUCAACACUCUAGAAGCAACAAGUACAGAACACACAGCACCUCCUCAACACUCUAGAAGCGAUAAGUACAGAACACACAUCACCUUCUCAACACUCUAGAAGCGACAAGUACAGAACACGCAGCACCUCCUCAACACUCUAGAAGCGACAAGUACAGAACACACAGCACCUCCUCAACACUCUAGAAGCAACAAGUACAGAACACACAGCACCUUCUCAACACUCUAGAAGCAACAAGUACAGAACACACAGCACCUCCUCAACACUCUAGAAGCAACAAGUACAGAACACGCAGCACCUUCUCAACACUCUAGAAGCAACAAGUACAGAACACGCAGCACCUUCUCAACACUCUAGAAGCAACAAGUACAGAACACGCAGCACCUCCUCAACACUCUAGAAGCAACAAGUACAGAACACGCAGCACCUUCUCAACACUCUAGAAGCAACAAGUACAGAACACACAGCACCUUCUCAACACUCUAGAAGCAACAAGUACAGAACACACAGCACCUUCUCAACACUCUAGAAGCAACAAGUACAGAACACGCAGCACCUUCUCAACACUCUAGAAGCAACAAGUACAGAACACGCAGCACCUUCUCAACACUCUAGAAGCAACAAGUACAGAACACACAGCACCUCCUCAACACUCUAGAAGCAACAAGUACAGAACACACAGCACCUCCUCAACACUCUAGAAGCAACAAGUACAGAACACACAGCACCUUCUCAACACUCUAGAAGCAACAAGUACAGAACACACAGCACCUUCUCAACACUCUAGAAGCAACAAGUACAGAACACACAGCACCUUCUCAACACUCUAGAAGCAACAAGUACAGAACACACAGCACCUCCUCAACACUCUAGAAGCAACAAGUACAGAACACACAGCACCUUCUCAACACUCUAGAAGCAACAAGUACAGAACACACAGCACCUUCUCAACACUCUAGAAGCAACAAGUACAGAACACACAGCACCUCCUCAACACUCUAGAAGCAACAAGUACAGAACACACAGCACCUCCUCAACACUCUAGAAGCAACAAGUACAGAACACACAGCACCUUCUCAACACUCUAGAAGCAACAAGUACAGAACACACAGCACCUUCUCAACACUCUAGAAGCAACAAGUACAGAACACACAGCACCUCCUCAACACUCUAGAAGCAACAAGUACAGAACACACAGCACCUUCUCAACACUCUAGAAGCAACAAGUACAGAACACACAGCACCUUCUCAACACUCUAGAAGCAACAAGUACAGAACACACAGCACCUUCUCAACACUCUAGAAGCAACAAGUACAGAACACACAGCACCUUCUCAUCACUCUAGAAGCAACAAGUACAGAACACACAGCACCUCCUCAACACUCUAGAAGCAACAAGUACAGAACACACAGCACCUUCUCAACACUCUAGAAGCAACAAGUACAGAACACACAGCACCUUCUCAACACUCUAGAAGCAACAAGUACAGAACACGCAGAAUCUUCUCAACACUCUAGAAGCAACAAGUACAGAACACGCAGCACCUUCUCAACACUCUAGAAGCAACAAGUACAGAACACGCAGCACCUUCUCAACACUCUGGAAGCAACAAGUACAGAACACGCAGCACCUUCUCAACACUCUAGAAGCAACAAGUACAGAACACGCAGCACCUUCUCAACACUCUAGAAGCAACAAGUACAGAACACACAGCACCUUCUCAACACUCUAGAAGCAACAAGUACAGAACACACAGCACCUUCUCAACACUCUAGAAGCAACAAGUACAGAACACACAGCACCUCCUCAACACUCUAGAAGCAACAAGUACAGAACACACAGCACCUUCUCAACACUCUAGAAGCAACAAGUACAGAACACACAGCAUCUUCUCAACACUCUAGAAGCAACAAGUACAGAACACACAGCACCUUCUCAACACUCUAGAAGCAACAAGUACAGAACACACAGCACCUUCUCAACACUCUAGAAGCAACAAGUACAGAACACACAGCACCUCCUCAACACUCUAGAAGCAACAAGUACAGAACACACAGCACCUUCUCAACACUCUAGAAGCAACAAGUACAGAACACACAGCACCUUCUCAACACUCUAGAAGCAACAAGUACAGAACACGCAGCAUCUUCUCAACACUCUAGAAGCAACAAGUACAGAACACACAGCACCUUCUCAACACUCUAGAAGCAACAAGUACAGAACACGCAGCACCUUCUCAACACUCUGGAAGCAACAAGUACAGAACACACAGCACCUUCUCAACACUCUAGAAGCAACAAGUACAGAACACACAGCACCUUCUCAACACUCUAGAAGCAACAAGUACAGAACACACAGCACCUUCUCAACACUCUAGAAGCAACAAGUACAGAACACGCAGCAUCUUCUCAACACUCUAGAAGCAACAAGUACAGAACACACAGCACCUUCUCAACACUCUAGAAGCAACAAGUACAGAACACGCAGCACCUUCUCAACACUCUGGAAGCAACAAGUACAGAACACACAGCACCUUCUCAACACUCUAGAAGCAACAAGUACAGAACACGCAGCACCUUCUCAACACUCUAGAAGCAACAAGUACAGAACACACAGCACCUUCUCAACACUCUAGAAGCAACAAGUACAGAACACACAGCACCUCCUCAACACUCUAGAAGCAACAAGUACAGAACACACAGCACCUUCUCAACACUCUAGAAGCAACAAGUACAGAACACACAGCACCUCCUCAACACUCUAGAAGCAACAAGUACAGAACACACAGCACCUUCUCAACACUCUAGAAGCAACAAGUACAGAACACACAGCACCUUCUCAACACUCUAGAAGCAACAAGUACAGAACACACAGCACCUUCUCAACACUCUAGAAGCAACAAGUACAGAACACAGAGCACCUCCUCAGCACUCUAGAAGCAACAAGUACAGAACACACAGCACCUUCUCAACACUCUAAAUAGUCUUAUGCCUCCCUGCACCCUGAUAUACACAAUUAACCAUCCACUGGGCAAAAACCGGUUGAAUCAACGUUGUUUCCACGUCAUUUCAACAAAAACAUUCAAUGUGCUGACAUUGAAUCAAGGUUGAAAACUGAUUAGAUUAGAAAGAAGUCAUCAACGUCUUUUUUUCACCCAACUUUUAACUAAAAUCUUUUGAUUUCACGUUCAAAUUCACAUUAAUUGACAACUCAACCAAAUGUAAAUUAAAAACUAGACGUUAAAAUUACGUCUGUGCCCAGUGGGAUGUAGAAAUUGAAUUGUUAGGCUAUGAUUAUUUUAUAGAUAUCCUGUAAUGUUUAAACAGGUUUCAUUUGUCGGCUGACCCGGUCUUGUUUGGCCUUACCCAAGUAACAUACCAACACCUCCAGCCAUGUGCUUCCCUGCACGCUGUUACACAAGGAACCAUGGAGAUAUUCUGUAGUCUAAACCUGUCUUGUUUUGUCCUGUUUCCAGUUCAACUUUGUGGGAAAGAUUCUUGGCCCUCAGGGCAACACAAUCAAACGCCUUCAGGAGGAGACUGGGGCCAAGAUCUCUGUACUGGGCAAAGGUUCCAUGAGGGACAAAGCCAAGGUGAGAGAGCUGAUGUGUACUUCGCACACCUGCUACCCACCUGUUUCACACCCACCUGUGUAUAGGUGCGAGACAAAGCCAGUAGAUGACAUCAUUAUGCAACCUGUUAUCAUGCUUGUUUUACACCUGUCAUAUAAAGCUGUACACCUGACAUGUCACAGCUAGCUAUCUAUCGUACACGUAUCAUAUAGCUGUGUCAGACAUCUGUCAGACACUCGUCAUACCCUUGAUGAGGGGAGAUACCUAGGUAUAUGCUGUAUGAUAAUGACGUACAUACACUACCAGUCAAAAGUUUGGACACACCUACUCAUUCCAGGGUUUUUCUUAAUUUUUUACUAUCUUCUACAUAUUAGAAUAAUAGUGAAGACAUCAAAACUAUGAAAUAACACAUAUGGAAUCAUGUAGUAACCCCAAAAAAGUGUUAAACAAAUCAAAAUAUAUUUUAUAUUUGAGAUUCUUCAAAUUAGCCAAACUUUUGACUGGUAUUGUAUGUAAAGCAAUCUGUUACACACCUGUGGGAAGAGGGAGAACCUCUACCACACACCAGUAUCUGGCCACAGCUGUCUUUACACCUGAGGGAGGGAAUCUGGCCACAGCUGUCUUUACACCUGAGGGAGGGAAUCUGGCCACAGCUGUCUUUACACCUGAGGGAGGGAAUCUGGCCACAGCUGUCUUUACACCUGAGGGAGGGAAUCUGGCCACAGCUGUCUUUACACCUGAGAGAGGGAAUCUGACCACAGCUGUCUUUACACCUGAGGGAGGGAAUCUGGCCACAGCUGUCUUUACACCUGAGGGAGGGAAUCUUGCCACAGCUGUCUUUACACCUGAGGGAGGGAAUCUGGCCACAGCUGUCUUUACACCUGAGGGAGGGAAUCUGACCACAGCUGUCUUUACACCUGAGGGAGGGAAUCUGGCCACAGCUGUCUUUACACCUGAGGGAGGGAAUCUGACCACAGCUGUCUUUACACCUGAGGGAGGGAAUCUGACCACAGCUGUCUUUACACCUGAGGGAGGGAAUCUGACCACAGCUGUCUUUACACCUGAGGGAGGGAAUCGGCCACAGCUGUCUUUACACCUGAGGAGGGAAUCUGACCACAGCUGUCUUUACACCUGAGGGAGGGAAUUGGCCACAGCUGUCUUUACACCUGAGGGAGGAAUCUGGCCACAGCUGUCUUUACACACUGGAGGGAGGAAUCUGACCACAGCUGUCUUACACCUGAGGGAGGGAAUCUGGCCACAGCUGUCUUUACACCUGAUGGAGGGAAUCUGGCCACAGCUGUCUUUACACCUGAGGGAGGGAAUCUUGCCACAGCUGUCUUUACACCUGAGGGAGGGAAUCUGACCACAGCUGUCUUUACACCUGAGGGAGGGAAUCUGGCCACAGCUGUCUUUGCACCUGAGGGAGGGAAUCUGACCACAGCUGUCUUUACACCUGAGGGAGGGAAUCUGGCCACAGCUGUCUUUACACCUGAGGGAGGGAAUCUGGCCACAGCUGUCUUUACACCUGAGGGAGGGAAUCUGACCACAGCUGUCUUUACACCUGAGGGAGGGAAAAUCUGGCCACAGCUGUCUUUACAACCUGAUGGAGGGAAUCUGGCCACAGCUGUCUUUACACCUGAGGGAGGGAUCUGGACCACAGCUGUCUUUACACCUGAGGGAGGGAAUCUGGCCACAGCUGUCUUUACACCUGAUGGAGGGAAUCUGGCCACAGCUGUCUUUACACCUGAGGGAGGGAAUCUGGCCACAGCUGUCUUUACACCUGAGGGAGGGAAUCUGGCCACAGCUGUCUUUACACCUGAGGGAGGGAAUCUGGGCCACAGCUGUCUUUCCACCUGAGGGAGGAAUCUGGGCCACAGCUGUCUUUACACCUGAGGGAGGGAAUCUGGCCAACAGCUGUCCUUUAACACCUGAGGGAGGGAAUCUGACCACAGCUGUCUUUACACCUGAGGGAGGGAAUCUGACCACAGCUGUAUUUACACCUGAGGGAGGGAAUCUGGCCACAGCUGUCUUUACACCUGAGGGAGGGAAUCUGGCCACAGCUGUCUUUACACCUGAGGGAGGGAAUCUGACCACAGCUGUCUUUACACCUGAGGGAGGGUAUCUGGCCACAGCUGUCUUUACACCUGAGGGAGGGAAUCUUGCCACAGCUGUCUUACACCUGAGGGAGGGAAUCUGGCCACAGCUGUCUUUACACCUGAGGGAGGGAAUCUGACCACAGCUGUCUUUACACCUGAGGGAGGGAAUCUGGCCACAGCUGUCUUUACACCUGAGGGAGGGAAUCUGACCACAGCUGUCUUUACACCUGAGGGAGGGAAUCUGACCACAGCUGUCUUUACACUGGGGAGGGCCACAGCUGUCUUUACACCUGAGGGAGGGAAUCUGGCCACAGCUGUCUUUACACCUGAGGGAGGGAAUCUGGCCACAGCUGUCUUUACACCUGAGGGCGGGAAUCUGGCCACAGCUGCCUUUACACCUGAGGGAGGGAAUCUGGCCACAGCUGUCUUUACACCUGAGGGAGGGAAUCUGACCACAGCUGUCUUUACACCCGAGGGAGGGAAUCUGGCCACAGCUGUCUUUACACCUGAGAGAGGGAAUCUGGCCACAGCUGCCUUUACAACUGAGGGAGAGAAUCUGGCCACAGCUGUCUUUACACCUGAGGGAGGGAAUCUGGAGACUGCUGUUUUACACCUGUAUGAAGGGAUGGUGAGAUGCACCUGCCUAGUCCUGAAAGUGAGGGUAGAUGUAUCUCACCUGGUUAACCUCUACGGGAUCGGUGUCCCGUAUACGGGACGGUUGAGCUAACGUGCGCUAAUGUGAUUAGCGUGACUGUUGUAAGUAACAGCAAACUUUCCAGGACAUAGACAUGUCUUAUAUGGGCAGAAAGCUUAAAUUAUUGUUAAUCUAACUGCACUGUCCAAUUUACAGUAGCUAUUACAGUGAAAAAAGACCAUGCUAUUGUUUGAGGAGAGUGCACAACAACAACUAAAACAUAUCACAGCAACUGGUUUGAUACAUUCACCUCUGAAGGUAAAUAAUUAAAUUUUAGUCAUUUAGCAGACACUCUUAUCCAGAGCGACUUACAGUUAGUGAGUGCAUACAUUUUUUCAUACUGGCCCCCCGUGGGAAUCGAACCCACAACCCUGGCGUUGCAAGCGCCAUGCUCUACCAACUGAGCUACAUGCUCUACCAACUUGCUCUGAUUUGUCAUCCUAAGGGUCCCAGAGAUACAAUGUAGCAUAGUUCUGUUUGAUAAAGUUUUUAUAUUCAAAUGUAGGAACUGGGUUGUACAUUUUGAACCCCUGCUGUCUCUGGCUCCACACCCACCACGCCCGGCCAUCUAGAUGUGUGAAAGUUAGUGUAUAAGCUAAUGAUCCAUCAUGUAUGACAUUCCUGGGAGUGUGUAAACUUACAUUUUGUAUUACCAUAUCAUUUUUGUAUGUUCUCUAUAGUUAUGUACUUGAAAAUGUAUCAAUUGACCAAUUUGGCACAUUUAUGGCAGACUUGUUACAAAAUAGUCCAGUAUUGCAACGCUUCACUGGAUCAAUCUAAAACUUUGCACACACACUGCUGCCAUCUAGUGGCCAAAAUCUAAAUUGCGCCUAAACUGCAACGUUAUAUUGUGGCCUUUCUCUUGCAUUUCAAAGAUGAUGGAGAAAAAUAUAUAUAAUAGAAAAUGCAUGUUUUUUUGUUUGUAUUAUCUUUUACCAGAUCUAAUGUGUUAAAUUCUCCUACAUUCAUUUCACAUUUCCACAAACUGCAAAGUGUUUCCUUUCAAAUGGUAUCAAGAAUAUGCAUAUCCUUGCUUCAGGUCCUGAGCUACAGGCAGUUAGAUUUGGGUAUGUCAUUUUAGGCAACAACAAAAAAAGGGUCCGAUCCUUAAGAGGUUAACACCUUUUUUAGAUUUUGAACUGUCCAUGGUCACCUGAUAAAGGGCAUGUUGUCUAAAAGACUGUCAUAGGUUACAUAGACCCAGACCGAGGUUGCUUGUCUUCCUCAAUAACCUCUUGAACUGUCCCUGUGUUGUGUUUCAGGAGGAGGGCCUGAGGAAAGGUGGCGAGCCCAAGUACGCGCACCUGUCUAUGGAGCUGCAUGUCUUCAUCGAGGUGUUCGCCCCCGUGCCCGAGGCCUACCUACGCAUGGCACACGCCAUGGAGGAAGUCAAGAAGUUCCUCUUUCCUGUGAGUGGAAUAUCCUCUGAAGUGUGGUCGUUCUGUAAGAUGCAGUAUUUUAUCCCUUUAUUUGUCUGCAGUACACUCUAAAAAAGAAAGGUGCAAGUUGGAACAAAAUAAGGUUUUUUGAGAGUGAUGCCACAGGGGAACAAUUUUUAGGCUCUCUGAAGAACCAUAAAUGGGAUGGUUCUUUUGAAGAACCAUACAAGAAAUGUUUCGGCCCUAUCGGGACCAGAAUUGAAUAGCCCUGCUGUAGGGUUUUAAGCCUUAUUUGCAUAUUUCCCAGGGUGCCUUUCGAGUGAAUUUUAAAGUUACCAGUACCACCCCAUGACUGUUUGCUAGUGACAGAGACAUGUUUGUAACAUUCAUUCAUUUUCAGUCCUGUGGAUCUUCACCAAGUGAGAUCCUAAGUGAAUAUGUUAUCAUUACAAAUUACAUUCUUUAAUAUGAUCCAAUACAUAUUUCAUAAGGUCUUCUUUUAAGGGCCUAGUUUUACCCUAAUACUGUGGGCUAAAACUGAUCAUUUACAGGCCACAUCAAACUGCAUGUCACAUUAUGCUGGCUUGCAGUGACCCUGUAAUUCCUAUUGGAAUCCAGCCAGAGUGGGGAUAUCCAACAUUUGGAAUUUUGUAUUCACCCGCAACCUGCAUUCAAAAUGACUGCCAGGGUUAGGAAGUAACUAAUAAGUGAGACUACCUAAACCAUAUCAUCUGGAACAAACCAUUUCAGUAACGGGUGCAAUAAGUCCAAGUAACCGAUUUUGGGAUGGUUUACAGAAAACGUAUGUUAUUUAUAUUUGAGUAGCAUAAGAUUAAUGAAUCAAUCAAUUUCCAUGCAAAAACAUAGAUAUUAAAACAAACAAUUCUAAAAAAUCUACCUGCAAUAGAGCAUGCUGGGAAAUAUAAUAAUGAUGUGUGUGGUUUUGUUUGAACAGUGGUUAUUAACACCAAUACUGGGGUUAUUUUACACCACUGAGUGGUUAAUGUAACUCAUAACAGUGUUAAUUUAACUGUUGAAUCCACACUAGAAAUGUUACACUGAAAAAGCAACACUAGUUAACGCUUGCCAAUGUGCUGUGUGCUAUGAAAGGGACACAUCUGCAGAAUUCCGAAGAACCGUUGAUGCCACGUCAAGAACCCCACACUUAACUCAAAGGUUCUUUAUCGGGCAAGAGUUCUCCAGGGAACCUUAAGAGCUGAGGAAGAACCAUUUAAGAACCUUUAUUUUUUUCAGUGUACCGUGUCUAGUAUUUUUAGUAGACAACUGCAGGUUACUUUUCAGGACACAAAGAAAUGGUCAUUCUUUGUAUGAAAUGGUUUUGAUACCUAGAGUUAUCAUAUGGUAUUGAUUGGUCUGUUUGAGCAAUACAACACAAUACACCGAGCAAGCACCACAUCAGUAGAUGGACUGGCCGACAGUGUGUCUGUUUACCUGGAAUAACCAGCUUUGAUAGGGCAGCGAGCCUAAGCCUAUAAGCAAUCAGCUUAACAGGAAGUGGGUCACUUUCACCGUGCCAGCAGGACGGCCCCAUAUGGCUCUAAAUGUCCGUAAGCCUCCUGCGUUAGAAGAGGAUGAGGAGGAGGCGCGGUGCUGCCACCAGACACUCAUCCAACUGCAGAGGUACACCUGGGGCAUCGUAAAAACAGUAGGUUAACUGCUUCACUGGAUGCGUAACUAUGCCAGCAUGAGAAGAAUUCUUGAAAAUAGAAUAGAGCGUAAUUUUCCACUCAGCAGUGAGAACCGCUCGUGAAGCUGUGCUGCCUACAACCAGGUUUAAGGUCUGUUGUUCUUCUACCCUGCGACAGGGGACCUAUAGAGCGUGCAGGUUUUUGUUCCAGCUCAGCAUGAACACAAGUCAGGUCUGCAAAUGGAGGUAGUGUUGUCCAUCCCUGGUCCAGGGGACCUAGAGAAUGUGCAGGUUUUUGUUUCCGGCCCAUCACUUAGCUCUGACGUGCAACCAUACUAAGGCAAAAAAUUAUAUUGUUGCGUUUUUCACUUUAGAAUGUGUACCAAACAAAAAAACAUUGAUUUCAAAGUUUUAAAAAACCAUAGAACUCUGCACAAGUACAAAAACACAUUUACAGGAAGAAGUGUGCACAUACAAAGUUUGUAAAUUAAUAAAACUGAGGGGGAUUUUACCGUAAUUCUGUUACCAAACUUUACAUCUGCACAGUUUUUCCAGUAAAUGUUUUAUUUUUGUUUUAUUUACUGUGUAAAUUGUUAAAAUUAGUCAUUGGACAUAGAGUUGUAUGAUUUGUAAAACUUUGAAAUCAAUGGUUUUUGUUUGGCAAACAUUUUUUAAAGUGAAAUAUUUGAGCCCGCGUAAUUCUCCAACCGGGGAAUUGCUCUCAUUGGUCUACUAGCUCAGAUGUGUGGUUGUUGAACGAGUGUUAACGGCAACAAUGGCUGACAGUAAAAUACUCUGACGUCAUGCACUGUAACGUGCUGCAGUAUGACGCACCUUUUAAAUGAGGACCCACUGACAACCACAGACCACGUGUAACCACGCCAGCCCAGGACCUCCACAUCCGGCUUCUUCACCUGCGCGAUCGUCUCAGACCAGCGACCCGAACAGCUGAUGAAACUGAGGCGUAAUUUCCGUCUGUAAUAAAGCCCUUUUGUGGGGAAAAACUCAUUCUGAUUGGCUGGGCCUUGCUCCCCCAGUGGGUGGGCCUAUGCCCUCCCAGGCCCACCCCAUGGCUGCACCCCUGCUCAGUCAUGUGAAAUACAUAGAUUAGGGCCUAAUGCAUUUAUUUCAAUUGACUCAUUUCCUUAUGUGAACUGUAACUCAGUAAAAUAGUUGCAUGUUGCAUUUUAAUUUUUGUUCAGUAUAAUUACCUUUCCUCCCUCAUCUUCCCUCCUUCCGUUUUUACUACCAACCUUCUCCCUUUGUCUGUCCUCUUUCUCCCCCCUCUUCUCUCUCUCCGUGCAGGACAUGAUGGAUGACAUCUGUCAGGAACAGUUCAUGGAGAUGGGUUAUCUGAAUGGGGGCCAGGAGCACGGACCAGGGGCCCCACGAGGCAGAGGACCACCGGGCCCUAGGGGCCGAGGAGGGCCACCGGGACAACCAGGGGCACCCAGGUAACCAGACAGACUCGGGAUGAUAUUAAUCAAGGUGGCUGAUGAGAAGUGAUUGUCUGGUCUAUCUACGGUAUGUUUGAUCAAAUAACACUUCUCCCUCUGUCUCUUUUCCUUCUUCCUCUCUCUGCAUUCUCCUUCUCCACUCACUCUCGCUUGCUUGCUCUGUCUCUCUCUCUUUCUCCCUCCAUCUCUCCAGGGGUAGGGGUAUGCCCCAACGUGGAGGUGCCACCAGGGGAGGUCCAGCCAGAGGCGGGGUAGCGAGGGGGGCACCAGCAGGAAGAGGGGGACAUCCAGCAACCCCCGCCAGAGGGGCAGCAGCGCCCCGAACCAGACUCCCUGCCCCUGGGGGGCCACCGAGGAUGCCCCCUCCACCCCCCCACCAACACCAACAUGCCCCAGCACCUGAACAAUAUGAGGAAUAUGUGAGUUAUUAUUCCAUGACGUUUAACACAACCUUUUUAGGGUCUUAACAUCUCUUACAUGUUUAAUAUUAUCUAGCUGAUUUUAGUAAAAAAAAAAAAAAAAGUUUAUAAUGAUGAAGUUACAUUGUAACAAUGCCCAUACUACAAUUCAGAGAACACGUAUGGUCAACCCUUCACCGUGUAACGGUUUGAAGCAUGUAAUGAACAAUUAAGAGUUUAAUCCGGUUAUUUAUUUAACCUAAAUUUAUCCAGGUUAUUCCCAUGCUGAGUUGAACUCUAUUUUACCAGGGAGAUCAGAUCUAGGCCAAGACAGCAGUAAUAGCGGGAACCGACUAGUAAUGUGUUAUUGUAGAGAGCAUAUCGAGUGAAGCAACAGCCUUGCCAGGUCUACCUUUUUAUAAGACGGUUGGUACAAUGGCAAAUGAAUGACAUUUUAAGAACUACCCUUGUUAUAUUUGGAUUCACCUUUAUUUUAUGUACCUCUGGGUUAAAGUUUGGUAAUGGCAGCUCAGUUGUUACGGUGACCGUAUUACCGCCACACCGGCGGUCACGACUCGUGACCGUAGUCAAAUUCAAUGUGACUGUUUAGUCAUGGUAACUAGGCUUCUCCAAAACUGUGCUCUGAUGUUCAUUAGUAGCCAAUGUUUAACUGCCAGUCACUAAUGGCCUGAUACUCAGCACUCUAUUGUCCCUCUAAUCACUGACAUCAAACAUCUUCAUGAGAGCCCAUGAGCUCGUGUUGUGCAACAUUUCUACAGGCUAUGCAAUUGCGUGAAAAAAUAAUUGACAUGGCCUCUAUUAAAAAGAGGAUCAUCCCAUCAGCUUUCUAUAGGCUAGGCCUACAUCUACAUCAUUUAGCAGACACUCUUAUCCAUCCUUACAGUUAGUGAGUGCAUACAUUUUUAUUUUUCAUACUGGCCCCCCGUGGGAAUCGAACCCACAACCCUGGCGGCCAUUCCCUCCCCUACCCUGGGCCAAUUGUGCGCCGCCCCAUGGGUCUCCCGGUCGCGGCCGGCUACGACAGAGCCUGGAUUCGAACCAGGAUCUUUAGUGGCACAGCUAGCACUGCGAUGCAGUGCCUUAGACCACUGUGCCACUCGGGAUAAGCCUACUAUAUUUAUUUCUCAACUUUCCUAAUAUUAAGGAUUUUUCUUAAUUUUUUACUAUUUUCUACCUUGUAGAAUAAUAGUGAAGACAUCAAAACUAUGAAAUAACACAUAUGGAAUCAUGUGUUAACCAAAAAAGUGUUAAAUAAAUCUAAAUAUACUUUAUAUUCUUCAAACUAGCCACCCUUUGCCUUGAUGACAGCUUUGCACACUCUUGGCAUUCUCUCAACUAGCUUCACCUGGGAUGCUUUUCCAACAGUCUUUAAGGAGUUCCCACAUAUGCUGAGCAAUUGUUGGCUGCUUUUCCUUCACUCUAAGGUCCAACUCAUCCCAAACCAUCUCAAUUGGUUAGAGGUCGGGUGAUUGUGGAGGCCAGGUCAUCUGAUGCAGCACUCUAUCACUCUCCUUCUUGGUAAAAUAUAUCUUACACAGCCUGGAGGUGUGUUGGGUCAUUGUCCUGUUGAAAAAAAAAGUGAUAGUCCCACUAAGCCCAAACCAGAUGGGAUGACAUAUCGCUGCAGAAUGCUGUGGUAGCCAUGCUGGUUAAGUGUGCCUUGAAUUCUAAAUAAAUCACAGACAGUGUCACCAGUAAAGCACCCCCACACCAUAACACCACCACAUCCAUGCUUUACGGUGGGAACUACACAUGCGGAGAUCAUCCGUUCACCUACUCUGCAUCUCACAAAGACACUGCGGUUGGAACCAAAAAUCUCAAAUUUGGACUCCAGUCCAAAGGACAGAUUUCCAUCGGUCUAAUGUCCAUUGCUCGUGUUUCUUGGCCCAAGCAAGUCUCUUCUUAUUAUUGGUGUCCUUUAGUAGUGGUUUCUUUGCAGCAAUUCGACCAUGAAGGCCUGAUUCACGCAGUCUCCUCUGAACAGUUGAUGUUGAGAUGUGUCUGUUACUUGAACUCUGUGUAGCAUUUAUUUGGGCUGCAAUUUCUGAGGCUGGUAACUCUAAUGAACUUAUCCGCCGCUGCAGAGGUAACUCUGGGUCUUCCAUUCCUGUGGCUGUCCUCAUGAGAGCCAGUUUCAUCAUAGCGCUUGAUGGUUUUUACGAUUGCACUUGAAGAAACUUUCAAAGUUCUUCAAAUGUUCCGUAUUGACUGACCUUCAUGUCUUAAAGUAAUUAUGGACUGUCGUUUGUCUUUGCUUUUUUGAUCUGUUCUUGCAUAAUAUGGACUUGGUCUUUUACCAAAUAGGGCCAUCUUCUGUAGAGUGCCUUGCAAAAGUAUUCAUCCCCCUUGGCGUAUUUCCUAUUUUGUUGCAUUACAACAUGUAAUAUAAAUGGAUUUGUAUUUGGAUUUCAUGUAGUGGACAUACACAAAAUAGUCUAAAUUGGCGAAGUGAAAUUAAAAUAAUAACUUGUUUCAAAGAAUUCGAAAAAAUAAAUAAUGGAAAAGUUGUGCGUCCAUAUAUAUUCACCCCCUUUGCUAUGAAGACCCUAAAUAAGAUCUGGUGCAACCAAUUACAUUCAGAAGUCACAUCAUUAUUUAAAUAACGUCCACUUGUGUGCAAUCUAAGUGUCACAUGAUCUCAGUGUACAUAUACACCUGUUCUGAAAGGCCCCAGAGUCUGCAACACCACUAAGCAAGGGGCACCACCAAGCAAGCGGCACCAUGAAGACCAAGGAGCUCUCCAAACAGGUCAGGGACAAAGUUGUGGAGAAGUACAGAUCAGGGUUGGGUUAUAAAAAAUAUCUGAAACUUUGAACAUUCCACGUAGCACCAUUAAAUCCAUUAUUAAAAAAUUGAAAGAAUAUGGCACCACAACAAACCUGCCAAGAGAGGGCCGCCCACCAAAACUUACGGACCAGGCAAGGAGGGCAUUAAUCAGAGAGGCAACAAAGAGAGCAAAGAUUACCCUGAAGGAGCUGCAAAGCUCCACAGCGGAGAUUGGAGUAUCAGUCCAUAGGACCACUUUAAGCCAUACACUCCACAGAGCUGGACUUUACGGAAGAGUGGCCAGAAAAAAAGCCAUUGCUUAAAGAAAAAUAUAAGAAAACACGUGUGGUGUUCGCCAAAAGCCAUGUGGGAGACUCCCCAAACAUAUGGAAGAAGGUACUCUGGUCAGAUGAGACAAAAAUUGAGCUUUUUGGCCAUCAAGGUAAACGCUAUGUCUGGCGCAAACCCAACACCUCUCAUCACCCCGAGGGGACUGGGAAACUGGUCAGAUUUGAAGGAAUGAUGGAUGGUGCUAAAUACAGGGAAAUUCUUGAGGGAAACCUGUUUCAGUCUUCCAGAGAUUUGAGACUGGGACGGAGGUUUACCCUCCAGCAGGACAAUUUUAAUUCCAGGUUGUAAGGCAACAAAAUAGGAAAAAUGCCAAGGGGGGUGAAUACUUUCCAAGCCACUGUAGAUUAGUACAGCAGACACCACUGCUUUCCCCUACCACAACACAACUAAUUGGCUCAAAUUCAUUAAGAAGGAAAGAAAUUCCACAAAUUAACUUUUAACAAGGCACAUCUGUUAAUUGAAAUGCAUUCCAGGUGACUACCUGGUUGAGUGAAUGCCAAGCGUGUUCAAAGCUGUUAUCAAUUAUAAAAAUCAAUUAUAAAAUAUAUUUUGAUUUGUUUAACACGUUUUUGGUUGCUACAUCAUUCCAUAUGUGUUAUUUCAUUGUUUUGAUGUCUUCAUUAUUAUUCUACAAUGUAGAAAAUAGUACAAAAUUAAGAAAAACCCUUGAAUGAGUAGGUGUGUCACAACAUUUGACUGGUACCGUAUAUUAUUUAGUAUACUGUAUGUAAAGACAAGAUUAAAUUGAGAAUAGUCUGAUGGGUGACAAUAUUAUCAGUUGAAUGAUGUAUUAUCAUUUGUGAAUUAUGCCCAGUGUGUGCAGUCUUAAGGCAAGAAACACUGCAUGCCUUUUCUUUGCGACUUUUUAAACUCAUAGUCACACACAUCAUGUAGCUUAGCCCUAUAUUUUUUUCAUAAUAACUCCAGACGUAGCCGAUAGCCUAUGGCUAGUACCACUGGAACACGGUUGGAGAGCACAUAGCCUACAUAGCCUAGUGAAAUGUGUUCUUAUAAGCCCAGUCAUUGCUCAAUCACGUGUGAAAAGAUUUCUGACUGGCCACUAUUUAAAAGAGGAUCCCAGCUUUCUCGUGCUGCUAUAUUUAUUGCUCAAUAAAAAAUAAAAAAAUUUGAGUACAUUAAUCCGCUUAAUCAGCUUAGUGGCGCAUAAGUUUCAAGUUUGGGGAAGCUAAUUUUCACCAUAAAAAUGCACCUUUAUAAUAAAGCAUUCCAUGCAUCAUAGCAUUUGCAGACUUUUGUAAGAGAACCUACUAUUCGUAAUGUGAUGUAGAUUGGAUAGUCAUAAUUCAGGCUAAUAAUAUAACUCACAAAAAAAAGACAGUUCAAUGCAUGGCUGAGCGUUUAUAGAGUAGGGCUAUAGGCUACAUCAUAUACGUUUCUUCUUUCUUUGCACGGGAAAAAUCUGGCCUUUUAUUAACACCACGCGAUUCUACUACACUUUAUAUGACUGGAGACAUUAGCAGAAUCUUUUUUAAUACGACAAAUUACAGGGUAGUCUUACUCUGCUGACGCUGACAAACUGAUUUUAAUAAAAAGGUUGCCUAUGAGAAGAGGAGACGCAAAUACAGUGGGGAAAAAAAGUAUUUAGUCACCACUUAAAAAGAUGAGAGAGGCCUGUAAUUUUCAUCAUAGGUAAACGUCAACUAUGACAGACAAAAUGAGAAGGAAAAAAAUCCAGAAAAUCACAUUGUAGGAUUUUUUAUGAAUUGUCCAUCUAAACUGGAGGAGGAAGUUAUUGUCCUAAAGCAAACUCUAAGUAGCACUGACCCAACAAUGAGAAAUAGUGAAUAUGUUUAAUUUAAAGCUGAACUUCCCCUAUCCUUAUGGACACACCGCCUAUGCUUGCAUGUUAAAAGCAUAACACACGUAACCUCCAUUCCAGUGCAGGCUAUGGAUAAUUUUUUUUUUUUUUUUUUUGGGCCAUUCUAAAUCUAAAUAAUUCCACAAAUUAUAUUAGUAAAUAUGUAAAGACCAGAUUAAACUGAGAAUAGUCUGAUGGGGUGAGAAUAUUAUCAAGUGCUUGUCAAAUUGUGAAUGAGAGACUGAUGAAGUGUGUACAGCCUGCGUAAGAAACAGAGCAGAGCGCUUCCCUUUCAUGAGACUUUUUUCAAAUCAUCAUUCUUCACAUUUUUUAUUUUAUUUUUUAUUUUAUUUCACCUUUAUUUAACCAGGUAAGCCUUAGAAUGUAUUAUAAAUCCAAACAUAUAGCCUAACGUUUGUAUCACAACUAAAGGUGCGUGAAUAACUCUUAAUUAAGUAUAUAUUGUAGGAUCUCUUUCUUUGUUAACAGCUCCACACAGAAUAGCCGCAUGUGCGCACUCCCUCAGAAAUCGUUUGGGGAAAAAUAUCCAUUCUAUUUUAUUCAGCGAUGUUCAAUUGUAUUCUCUAUAAUAUAAAAUAAUGCCAUGGAAUUCUAAGCAAAUCUUGUCUGCUAAAUGAACUAGUGUAGCCCACAGCCAUAUGGCAUAGCCAGAUCAGUGCCUAACAUAAGGACAACUCAGAGUAUGCUAUUCUGUUCUUCUGAAAUAGGCUACGUUUUCUUCACAUCGUGUUUCUUUAGACCUGUCUAAAAUAAAUAAUGGCUUUAUUGUGAUGGUGUAGGCUAUAUUACAUGGAUUUAUUAGACUUUUUUAAAUGUAGAUGUUCUAAAGGUCCGCAUCAGUGGCUUGUAGGCUAUGCUUGGAAGCGAGGAGAUGCUAAACGUGUUUAUGUUAACGGUGGAUUACCGUGAGACCGGCAGUUAUUUGCAUGACAAUCACAGGCGGACAACAUUUCAUGACCGCCACAGCCCUACUCAGUACCUCAGGGUUAAGGUUUGGUAAUGGCAGCUCAGUACCUCAGGGUUAAGGUAAUGGCAGCUCAUGGUACACAGCAUUGCAGUAAAACAAUGCUCCAUUGACAGACUGAGUCCUUAGUUAAUAGAAGCUUAAUCUUUGCCAACUUAUUUACAGUCGAGAUCUCACACAUCAACAGGUGAAUGAAAUUCAGUUCACAGGCCAAGGAUGACCUGAAGGAAUGCUUUUCUCACAAGUUUAUUUUGUUCUCUCUCUCUAUGCUACUCUUUGACCCCCACUUCUUUCUUUCUUUCUUUUUUACUAGGCCUAUGAUGAGAGCUACACUGAGCCAGCGUAUGAGUCGUACGACAGUUACUACAGUCAGCCACAGGCGUGAGUUCUCCCAUCUCUCCAUCUCUUGGCAACAAACCACACAUUGGCUCUCACCUCCUUGCUCUUAAUAAUAAUAAUAUGCCAUUUAGCAGACGCUUUUAUCCAAAGCGACUUACAGUCAUGCGUGCAUACAUUUUUGUGCAUGGGUGGUCCCGGGGAUCGAACCCACUACCUUGGCGUUACAAGCGCCGUGCUCUACCAGCUGAGCUACAGAGGACCACAGCUCUUCACGGUUACACAUACCCUACUUACUAACUGGAGUAUCGAAUUAUGGGGAAUGUUGGGACUGUGGUAGGAUUGUUUUGAGUCUACAUGUUUUUUAGUUGGUUAGUUCAGCUAACCUUCGCUAGGUUAGCAAUUGGCUGACAUCAGUUAUUAAAGCUAUAGUUUUAUAUCUGUUUAUGAUGCAUUUGCUUUUAUAUCUGAUCUACUAAGUGAGUGCAUAUUUUAUGAAUGGAAUGUAACUUGAACAUGACAGCUGGUUAGCUUGGUUUGCUGACUAGGUUGCUUUUCUGGUUAGCUUGAUAAGCUAGUUAGCAACAUUAACAUUUAUAUUAACAAAAAUAUCAAACGCACCGUGCAACAAUUUCAACAAUUUUACUGAGUUACAGUUCAUAUAAGGAAAUCAGUCAAUUUCAACAAAUUCAUUAGACCCUAAUCUAUGGAUUUCACAUGACUGGCCAGGGGCGCAAGUCUGGGAGGUCAUAGGCCCACCCACUUGGGAGCCAGGCCCACCCACUGUGGGAGCCAGGCCCAGCCAAUCAAGAAUGUGUCUUUCCCCACAAAAGGGCUUUAUUACAGACAGAAAUACUCUUCAGUUUCAUCAGCUGUCCAGGGCUCCCGAGUGGCGCAGCGGUCUAAGGGACUGCAUCUCAGUGCUUGAGGCGUCACUACAGACCCCCUGGUUCGAUUCCAGGUUGUAUCACAACCGGCAGUGAUUGGGAGUCCCAUAGGGCGGCGCACAAUUGGCCAAGCGUCGUCCGGGUUUGGCCGGUGUAGUCUGUCAUUGUAAAUAAGAAUUUGUUCUUAACUGACUUGCCUAGUUAAAUAAAGGUAAAAUAAAAAUAAAAGGUUGCUGGUCUCAGACGAUCCCACAUGUGAAGAAGCCGGAUGGUGUGGUCUGCAGUUGGACGCACUGCCAAAUUCUCUAAAAUGACGUUGGAGAGAAAUAUGGUAGAGAAAUAAACAUUAAAUUCUCUGGCAACAACUCUGGUGGACAUUCCUGCAGUCAGCAUGCCAAUUGCACGCUCCCUCAAACAAAUUUGUGCACAACAUUUGAGAGAAAUACGCUUUUUUUGUGCGUAUGGAACAUUUCUGGGAUCUUUUAUUUCAGCUCAUGAAACACACUUUACAUGUUGCGUUUUUAAAUUUUUGGUUCAGUGUAUAUUUCAGUCAUUUUAGCAGAUGCUCUUAUCCAGAGCGACUAACAGUAGUGAAUGCAUACAUUUUCAUACUUAUUUUCCUACCUGGUUAGCUUGUUCUGCUUCUAUUUUAAAUGUUCUUUCUCCUCUGUUCUUCUCUUAGAGAACCAGAGUACUAUGACUAUGGGCCAUAGAGAGGAACAGGGAGCAUAUGAGCCCUACGGUAAGACAUCACUACUCCACUCUCAAGCCAAACCUCUCGUCCUAGCGCUCACCCUUUAUGGAGUGGGAAAUGUGUUUUUCCUGUCUUGAUUGUUGCUCUCAGCAUGUGCCAACGUGUGGUGUGGUUCUGUAGGUUGGUAAAUCACAUGAAUGAUGCUGACAGCGACACGUGUUCAAUACGUCCUUGUUUGAAAUGCGCUUGGGGAACCAGAAUUUCUGAGUUUCAAAAGGAUAUGGUGUUGGUUGGACAUUUCUACUUGUCAUCCAAGCUCAUUUUGUAAUUACAUUUAUGUUUGUCUGAUCUGUUCUGACCGUCUCUGUUGUGUGUGUGUGUGUGUUUACCCCUCUAGAACAGGACGACUGGAACGGGACCCAGAGAGCGGCACCGGAGGGAAAGGCCCCUCCUGCCAGAACGGCUAAGGGCCCUUACCGAGAACACCCCUAUAGACAAUACUGAACUCACCAUGACAACGCCUAGCGACCAACGCUACCACCGUUAACGCGUUGCCCCGACAACCAACCACCAACCUGUCUACCACGCCAGCUCUCGCUCUAAGCAACCCUCGACAAAAGUAAUUGUCCGUUUUGUUUUUGUUUUUGGAAUUUUCUACUACGCUGGACUUUUACGAGCAGAAAAUCAGGAUCUUAACUGAUCGAAGCUGAUUUGAUAUUUAAUUCAGAGCAACCUUAAAGCGUUUUUUUUUUUUUGGGGGUUUGAAGUUUUAGUUGAUUUCUGUUUUUCUCUCUGACCCUGUCUCUCCCUCUGCUUUUUUUGCACUGUUGACCGUAAACAUUUUCUUAAUUGUUUGGAUUUAAACUCACUUCUAGUGUAGUUAGACUGCUUAUCAAAUUGUUAUCGUCUUAAAGGGAAAUUUCAAAAAUGUUCAACUUCAUAUUCAUAAUCUCCAGCACAACAUCAACAUGUGAAAAUGGAGCAUUUCUAUGUUUUGUAGUAAAAAAAGAUAAGAGGGAGAUGAGCGUUUCUGAUGACAUCAUCGGUGUGCAUCAUGUGAUUUUUUUAACCAAUUAUGAUGUAAUUGGAAACACUUAUCUUUGUUAAUACAAAACAUAGAAACGCUCCAUUUUCACAUAUUGAUGUUUUUGGUGGUGCUGCAGAUGAGGAAUGUGAAGUAGAACAUUUUCAAAAUUUUAUUUUUAAGAAAACCGUUUAAUUAUUUUGUUUAAAAAAUCUAAUUUGAGGGACAGUUGCAGAUUCCCAUUUAGGCUACAUUUCAAAAUUCUGUUUUAAUAUAGCGAAGUAAAAUCAACUUAAAAGCUGUUUCAAUUAUGUAAUAUAAACCAAACAAAAACAAAGUCAAAGGAAACAGUAAAAACAAACAAAUGUUAAUAGAAUUUGAUUUAGUAUUCCCAUUUGUUUUAAAUAGUCUUUAAUUAAAAAUUGACAAUUUAGACUUAGGCAGCAGUGAUUUUAUAUAAUCAUAUUUUGUCAUUGUACAUUUUAGAGUUUUGAAAUAUAGCCCUAAUAGCCACUGUUGAGAUGGACUGUCCUCACAUACUUCAUUUUGUUUUAUUAAAGGUGUUCAACAGUAUGUUCAUUUUUAUUAUGUCUCUACAGUCGAUGUCUUUUUAUAAGUAGAAUAUGGCCUCAGAUCGGCCUCAUGUCAUGAUAAAUAGUAUCACGUGUCAGUACAGGAUCUUAUUGGUUGAAUCUGAAUCUAUAAACUGCAUGUAAAAAAAAAAUAACGACGCAAUGAAGGAUUGGGACCAAAAAAAAUCUUCACAUGGAGGGAUCCUGCAGCUUUUCAAAUCUGAUCUCUCGUCCAAACUGCACAUCCACUAUUCUGCCACUGGUAUAUGUACCCUCCACAUUAAAAUGCAUUAUGCUCCAUGUGUAAAGCUUGCCUAAAUAGGUAACUACUAAAUCUGUCCCAAAAAAAAAAAUAUGUUUUGCAGCAGUUUGUCAAUAAAGACUAGUUUGUUUUUCUAUGAAACUUCCGUAACUUGGUUUAUUUAUUUUUUUCCUGUCCUAGUAACAUUUGAAAUGCCAUUUUUAAAUAGCAUUUAACAGCCUGGUAGUUAGAGGUGUUU